AUGUCUCUGUCACGAGCUUUCACCACUCGGAAGCUUAAGCUGGGCUCCGAUGGCGCCGACUCGAAAAACCCGCAGAGGUCGCAUACUCUUCGCCACAAGAUCUCGGGCCCUGUCCAGCUGGUUCACACCACCAACAUGCUCUCAUACAACGCGCCCGAUCUCCCUCGAGGCGCCUCUGAACGAAUCAAUUCUGCCAAGUCUGGCAAGAAUUCUCUCGACGACUCUGACAGCCUUGCCACCAUCGAGUCGACGCCGCCGACCAGCCCAGACGUUGCUCCAGGGGAGCACAUGCUCUCUCCCAAGUCGAACCACCUAUCGGGCUAUUUCAAGAAUUCUGCGAGGCCCGGCCCAGCUGAGCCCGAGCCAGCCCCAGCUCCACUGAUUCCCCCGCGCUCGCCAACCCAUACCAAGAAGAACUCAAUCGACGCCGUUGCUCGAUCACGCUCCGUCUCCCGCUCUUCUCGAGACAUUGAUGUGUCGACCGCCUCCCGCAACCUCCAGGCCAUUUCUCGAACCCCCUCCCUAUCAACCCGGUCUUCGGCCAAUUCUACGUCCUCCAGCCGGCCUUUGAGAUCGCCCCGAUCUCCUGCAGUCGCCAUGGAGCCUACGGCUUUUGCGGCGCCCCAUAUGGCCCCCAAAGCUCCCGCAAUUCCGACACCCUUGCCUGUACAACCCUCCAUGGCACCAAACCACAGGGCCAAGGACUCGAAUCCUUUUGGGGCGGAGUUGGCACAGGUAACGGAGCUGGCGGAAGAGUACAGCUCCGCAAGCCAGCUGGAGUUGGCGGACGAGGACACAGAGUACAUUCGCUCAAAGGGGCUCGUCAGGUUACGCCCCGAUGACUACCUGAGCAUGAUCCAGGGCCUCUCAUCAAUCUUUUUCGCAGAGCCUAGUCAUUCAGCUCCCGCAGCUGCGGCUCCGCUCUGGAUCUAA